GUACAACUGAGCCUCCUGUGCCGGCGAUCAACGAUAAUUCCCCAGAUGAACAAGGGGCGGGCGCAUGGAGGACGUGGGCCGUGGCCGUGAACCUACUGCCAGCCAGUUACGACUUGGCGCACCCACCACAAGAUGUCGACGAAGGCUCCAGUGAUACUACAAUGAAAAAUGCCCCGACCCCGGAAUUUGCAAAAGUUUCUCAUGCAAUGUAUCCAAAGGAAAGCUUUUUGUCUUGCAUGAAAGGACUACGAGCCUUUCUGAUGCAGAAUCUAGGUGAGCAAGGUGCCUUUUAUUGCAUGACAGACCCGGCGCCGGCUGCUGUUGGGCUUCUUUGCAACACAAAUUUGAGUUAUUCAACAUGGCAAAUUUGUGAUGCUGAUAUAUGCGAGACGGAAUACAAGUGCUGCCAGGAGGUUCUGGGGUGGGGGUAUUUUUCAUUCUAAUAGGUCACUUGGACGACAUGACGCCCAUGACCUCCAGACAGAUGAGCAGCCAAAGUAGAAGAAUGGCAAAACAAAUCAGCAACCGAUCUGCCCGACUGAAUUCACAACAAACUUCUACCGGAGGUUAUGGCGUAGUUCUCGAACGUUUUUACAUUCUUAGCUGUUACAUGGAUUUGGAAAAAUGUAAGAAUGGCAAAAGUCAAAGGGUGUACUUGGAGAAUUCUAAAAAUUGUGCCUCUAGCAUUACAAAUUCGACACAUAUCAUUUCAAUAUUGUUCUUGAGCCCGCCUUCGCAAAUUUGUCAUGCGAAGCAGCUUGAUCGUGUGGAUGCUGAUGGUACUAGUUUUGCAAGACAAAAAAUUUAUCAUGAUGUAACAGCUGAGAGUAUAACGCUUGCGAAUCUGAUAGAUGAGGUGGUGCUAGCGUUGCCGGUAGUUGUUCAACGGCCAAAGCUCCUGCUCGCGCCAAUGCUUGCCCCCCGGCCCCUACGGGGAGAAGUUUUUUGCUCAGUGCCGGGGCCGCGCCGCAGGGCGAUCAGGAUUUUGGUGGGGUUGCUCGCCGGGGAGCAGGUGGACUUCUAC